AUGGCACCCAACGGCACCAACGGCACGGCCCGGUCCAAAAAGUCAGGUGAAGGUGACGGCUUCUACAAUUCGCUUGUCAAGGGCGACGUGGAAGUGCCGGACGAAAAGGUUAUUGAUGAGAUAUUCACCGAGAGAACUACCAAGCAUGCGGAUGACGCCAUAGAUUACGAGGAUAUCGACGAAUUGGCGGACGAGGAUGACGACUUGGAUGCCGUUCCUGGCGCCGAGGAUUCCAAUAAUAAUUUUACCGUUGAUGGACUAGACGAAGAGGAGGAUCUACAGAACCAGGCAAACGACCAGUUUGAUGCAUUCUUUGGUGACGACGAUAAGCCUGGCGAUGAUGGAGAUAUCGAGAUUCCAGGCGGCGAUAUGGGCAUGCUUGACGAUAUGAACAAUCAGUUUGGUUUUGAGGACGACGGUCUUAACGAUCUCGAGUUGGGGUUCGAGGACGAGGACAUGAUGGUUGACCAAAGGAUCCCGAAGAAGAGGAAAUCUCCAGAAGAGCUAGCGGCCAAGAGAUCCAAGCUCCAGAAACUCGUCAAGGAUAUGGAGUCACGCCAAAAAUCACGUAUGGUGGCCAAACACUUCCCAGACUAUCAACCAGACAAGCCGGUCAAUUUCCACACCAUGUCGCUUCCGGCACCAAAAUACUACAAACAUCUCCGGCCGGCUCUUGCAUUCAGAAGCAACAUCAAGCCCCUAAUACCGAUGAAGCUCAGUUUGGAAGUGGCGCCGGACCAAAAGAAAGCAUUCAAGUCAAAGAGAGGAGUGACGAAAGAUCAAUCACAGAAGCAUGGCGUUGUCGAAAUCACAGAGAAAGACUUAGAACUAAUAGCUGACUUUGAGAGCAACAAGGAAAACUCCGUCAGCGUCAAGCUUUUGCCAUUUAUAAGCUCAGAUGGCGUGGAGUACGACAAGUUUGCGGAGUUCAGUAAGGACCUCGUUCUUGCCAGUGCCGACUGGGAUGACGCCUCUAUCUUGGAUGCCGGUGAUUCCGAUAAAGAAACUACGAAGACCAAUGGUAUCUCAAGCGACAAGUUUGUGGAUGAUGACUUCUUCUACGACGAUGAGAACAUUUUCAAUGGCCAAGCAGCUCCAGAGAAGUUUGAGCUCAAUAUGAAUGACCCUAAUCUUUUGUUCGUGCCAGACAAGAAGAAGGCUGACCAUUCUAAAUCUAAGGCCGUCAUUCCUACAGACUUGAAGCAUUUGCAUAUGAAGUUCAACAUCUCGAACGACAAGCAGUACGAGAUCUUGCGCAACAACUAUAAUACCAAGGUGAGAUCGCAAUUGAGUAACUUGAAUAUCGAGCACUCCGUUCCUGCCAUGCGUUUACAAACACCAUACUACAAGAUCAAGUUGUCUACUGAGGAGGCCAGAGCUUACCACAGAGCCAAGUUCCAAGUCAGGCAAGGUUCAUUGAUCUGCUUCUCCAAACUCAAGGUCCGGAAGAAGAAGAAGGAUAAGGGAAAGACUCAAACAGAAAUCUUCAAGAAGACGUCAGACCUAACAGCUGUGGACUCGUCGCCUUUGAUUGCUAUGGAAUAUUCUGAGGAAUAUCCUAGCAUUUUGUCUAACUUCGGCAUGGGCAGUAAAUUGAUCAACUACUACAGAAAAGAAAAGGAGGAAGACAACCUGAGGCCGAAGGCGCCUCUCGGAGAAACGCAUGUUCUUGGUGUGGAGGAUCGGUCGCCAUUCUGGAACUUUGGUCAUGUUGCUAAGGGUGACUUUGUUCCUACCUUGUACAAUAACAUGAUCAGAGCCCCCAUCUUCAAGCAAGAGCCCAAAAGCACAGACUUUCUUCUUAUCAGAUCGCUGGGAUGUGGUAAUCAUCAGAGACAUUACUUGCGUGCUAUCAAUCAUUUAUUUGCUGUCGGUAAUGUAUUCCCAGCGGUCGAGGUACCGGCACCACACUCCAGAAAGGUCACCAACACAUCCAAGAAUAGAUUGAAGAUGAUCGUUUACCGUACCAUGAACAAAAAUGGAAAUGCUCGUCUUUCGGUGAAGGAUAUCUCGCUGCACUUUCCAGAUCAGAAUGAUAUGCAAAAUAGACAAAGGUUGAAGGAGUUCAUGGAGUACCAGAGAAAAGGUGAUGAUCAAGGUUUCUGGAAGAUUAAAAACAUGGAUGUUGUUCCCACCGAGGAGGAGGUCAGGGCUAUGAUUACGCCCGAGGACGCUACCCUCUUGGAUAGUAUGCAACAUGGCGCCCAGGUUCUUGACGAUAUUGACUCGUUGUACAAUGACGAUUCUAGGAAGCAAGAUCUCAGGAGAGAGAAGAGAGAAAAGGAGGGUAGCAAAGAGACUGAAGAUCAUGAGAAUGAAGAGAAGGAGAAGGCCGAGAGAAAGAGAAAGGAAAGAGAUGGCGAGACAGACGAGACGAUUGACGAGGGUCUUUCGCCAUGGAGUCUUUCAAGAAGCUUCAUCAUCUCGAACCAGACGAAGGCCAUGCUCCAGCUCAAUGGUGAAGGAGACCCCAGUGGAAUUGGUCUUGGAUUCUCGUUCUUACGUGCCACUCAAAAACACGGUUUCAGACCUCUCAUUCCACCUCCAAAGGACACUGUGCCCAAGAAUACCACGGCCGCAUAUCAACAGAAGCUUUAUGAGCAGGAGGUAUCUAGAAUCUGGUAUUCUCAGAGAAGUUCGUUGACGGUCGACAACAGAGAAGGUCACAAUCUUGACGACAUCUACAGGGAAUACAGACCGCUCGAUCACAAGGAUUAUAUGAAGCAGAAGUUUGCGAAGGAGAAAGAAGAAAAGGUCAAGCAAGAGGGUGUUCAGUCUGCUAGAAGAAAUGUGUUGAAGAUCACGCGUCUCGUGAGAGACGAGAACGACGUUGUUCAGAGAAAAGUGGAGUUUGUUACCGACCCUCGUCUCAUCAAAGCUUACAUCAAGCGCAAGAAGCAGAUUGAGGGCGACAAGAUGUCGAUGGUCAACGCCAAUGAGAUUUUGCCAACCAACGACAUCGAAAUGAACAAGAUUAGAAGAAAGGCCUUGGAGGAGAAGAUUGCCAACUUGCAGAAAAGAGCUAAGCUCAGUAAAGGAAGAAAGCCAAACAAGGAUCCCCUUCAUCUCGCUGCUGCCGCAGGAGGUACAAUCAUUGAUGCCAACACCGUCAUGUUGCCAGACGGAUCGUACGCAUUUGGAGGCAAGGGUAUUGGUAAGGGUAAAAGUAAGACGAGAAGAUGUGCCUCGUGUGGUGCUUUUGGUCAUAUCAGAACGAACAAGACCUGUCCAUUAUACGAAGCCACCAAGGGAGGAACCAUCAAGAUUCCACCUGAACAGAAGGAUAUCAUCAUGGCGCAGUUCAGGGCGAAGGAGGGCAAUACAGAGGGCUCUGAUCCUACAAGCAAUACGGCCCAGUCGCUGCCGCAACCAGCACCACCAUUCUGA